CAACGCGGGCUACAUCUGGUGGCAGGUGUCUUAGUGUAUCCCUCCCAGGACCAGUCCACAGUUGUGUGUGUGAGCAAAGAUGGAGGCCGACCUGUCUAGCUUUGACAUCGAUGCUCCCCGUUGGGACCAGGGCACUUUCCUGGGGCGAGUGAAACAUUUCUUCAACAUCACGGACCCCCGCACCGUGUUUGUGCCGGAGCAGAAGCUGGACUGGGCCAAGGCAGUGGUGGAGAAGAGCAGGAUGGGGGUCGUGCCCCCAGGUACCCAAGUGGAACAGCUACUGUAUGCCAAGAAGCUAUAUGACUCAGCCUUCCACCCUGACACCGGGGAGAAGAUGAAUGUCAUUGGGCGCAUGUCCUUCCAGGUCCCUGGCGGCAUGAUCAUCACAGGCUUCAUGCUCCAGUUCUACAGGACGAUGCCGGCCGUGAUCUUCUGGCAGUGGGUGAACCAGUCCUUCAAUGCCUUAGUCAACUACACCAACAGGAAUGCAGCCUCCCCAACGUCAGUCAGGCAGAUGGCCCUUUCCUACUUCACAGCCACAACCACGGCCGUGGCCACUGCUGUGGGCAUGAACAUGUUGACAAAGAGAGCGCCACCCUUGGUGGGCCGCUGGGUGCCCUUUGCCGCCGUUGCUGCAGCUAACUGUGUCAACAUCCCGAUGAUGCGACAGCAGGAACUCAUCCAGGGCAUCUACGUGAAAGACAGGAAUCACAAGGAGAUUGGUCAUUCCCAGAGAGCUGCCGCCAUAGGCAUCACCCAAGUGGUUAUUUCUCGGAUCACCAUGGCAGCUCCCGCCAUGAUCUUGCUGCCAGUCGUCAUGGAAAGGCUGGAGAAGCUGCGCUUCAUGCAGAAAGUCAAGGUCCUGCAUGCCCCAUUGCAGGUCAUGCUGUCUGGGUGCUUCCUCAUCUUCAUGGUGCCAGUGGCAUGUGGGCUCUUCCCACAGAGAUGCGAAUUGUCAGUUUCCUAUCUGGAACCAGAGCUCCAAGACACCAUUAAGGCCAAGUAUGGAGAACUUUUGCCUUAUGUCUACUUCAAUAAGGGUCUCUAAAUGCCCCGCCCCAGAAAGGACCAGUCUCUACCCAUAUUCCUCAGCUCCUCCUUGGCCACUGUGCACACCUGUGCCCUCAUUCCUCUUCGCCACCAAGGCCUGAAGGCCAGGGUGGAUUAGGGGUGGGAGGAUGCCUCAUGCUUCCACCCAGGCACCUGGUUGGUUUACUGGACUCCAGGGGACAAAAAUGAAAAGGGAGCAAAGACCAAAGUGCUCUCUGCUUCUUCCUUAACCCCUGUCCGCUGGAGACCAGAAGCUGAGGCCCUCUCAGGGAGAAGUUGCUGGUACCUGGGGGAGACACUCAUGCAGAUCAUCUGAAAAAUCAGGAAACCUUUAGGAUCCUGGUUCCAGCCGGGUUUGGGGAUGAAGAGAAGCUCCUCCCACUCUUCCCUCUUCCCUUCCUCCUCUCCCAAGCUAUGGACCUUUUUACCCAUGCAGUUCUAGCACCUUGGAGAGAGAAGGAGGGGAAAGGCAUCUGUGUCUCCUUGGGGCUCAUCUCCACGCUUCCCAUCCUCCUCAUUGCCCCCUGGUCAGACAGCGUCUCAGGAAGCGCUGCUAAACUUGAGUUUGUCAGACUCCCAGGAGUUGUUAGUGCUAAAAAAGACACUGUGCGAGGCAGCAGUUACAUGGUGCUUCAAAUCAUGUCUGAACCUAUUCUUGGGAUCUUCUCUAUAACAAUGGAAGUUCUCUUCCCCAAGGCCUCAUGUUGUUUGAAAAGAUACAUCCACUCACUGUGAGCAAACAGGAUAUAUGUAGGCAUUAACCACACAUUUUAACGGGUAUCAUUUCCUGGCUGCCUCCCUUCCUCAGCCCAUUAGGUUAAACACCAAAGAAAGAUUGGUGGGUACUGAAUAGGAAAGGGAAGUUUUAUUUGGACCCUUUUGAGAGAAAAUCAAGCAGGACCAAAGAGCCUUAAAGGGCACACAGCAAAGUGCAGCCACUUCCGUUCCCCAGCUUGGCUGCCCAAGGUGAUUUCUCAAGCUCCUUGGAGGACUGUUGUGACUUAUCUGGGAUCAAUGUGCGUAUCAGUUUUGUCUGGUAGGAUUUGCUGACCCUGUUCAAAAGAUAUCACUGUGAAUUGAAUAAAUUGAAAGAGCACA